AAAGUCUGGGCGAUGGUAAGGGUGGUGCUUUCUGGUGCAACUGCUUCUGAGAAUGCCUGAGGGGAAGUGCCUGGUCCCAAUUAUUGGCAACUUUCUGUAGAAUGUUCUAUAUUCAUGUCAAGAUGCUCUGAAGAUAGGAACUACCCCAGCAAUGUCUAGUGUUACAAAAUGACUAAAACAGAUUCUAGCAUCUUCCAUUUUGUCAUCAUCUUUGUGUUAAUACUUAUCAAGAUCUACAUCUCUGCUGAAAAUGAACUUGUAGUUGACAGGUCAAAAAUAGGCCUUACCCACAUUCCAAAGGACUUACCCAUGGAAACAACAACCUUAGAUAUGUCACAAAACUAUAUAUCUGAGCUUCAUACUCAAGACAUACUAUUGCUAUCGAAACUGAGGAUUUUGAUAAUGUCUCACAAUAGAAUCCAGUAUCUUGAUAUCAGUGUUUUAAAAUUCAACACGGAAUUGGAGUACUUGGAUUUGUCCCACAACAAGUUGGGGAUGAUUUCUUGCCACCCUACACUGAACUUCAAGCACUUAGACCUCUCAUUUAAUGCAUUUGAUGCCCUGCCCAUAUGCAAAGAGUUUGACAACAUGUCUCAACUACAAUUUCUGGGGUUGAGUGCUACACGGUUACAAAAAUCUGACAUGCAGCCAGUUGCUCGUUUGAAUAUCAGUAAGGUUUUGCUGGCUUUAGGAGAUACUUAUGGGGAAAAAGAAGACCCUGAGAGUCUUCAAGUCUUAAACACAGAAAGUCUGCAUAUUGUUUUUCCCGCAAGGAAAGAAUUCCAUUUUAUUUUAGAUGUGUCAGCCAGCACUGCAACAAGUUUGGAACUCUCGAAUGUCAAAUGCUUGCUAGAUGAUGAAUGUUCUUUCAUAAAUGUUCUGUUGAAACUUCAAAAGAAUCCAAAGCUAUCAAAUUUUACCUUAAACAACAUUGAAACAACUUGGAAUUUUUUCAUUGGGAUCCUCCAAUUGGUUUGGCAUACAACCAUAGAGUACUUCUCAAUUUCAAAUGUGAAACUAGAAGGCCAAUUUUACUCCAGCUACUUUGAUUAUUCUGGUACUUCACUGAAGACCUUGUCUAUACACCACGUGAUUACUGAUGUGUUCAAUUUUCCACAAAGCAAUAUCUACAUGGUCUUUGCAAACAUGAAUAUCCAAAACUUCACAGUGUCUGGUACACGCAUGGUACAUAUGCUUUGCCCAUCCCAAAUGAGCCCGUUUCUGCAUUUGGAUUUUUCCAAUAAUCUCUUAACAGAUACGGUUUUUGAAAGUUGUAGACACUUAACUAAGUUGGAAACACUUAUUUUACAAAUGAAUCAACUAAAAGAACUUGUAAAUAUAAUUCACAUGACCAACGAGAUGAAGUCUUUACAACAAUUGGAUAUUAGCCAGAAUUCUCUAAGGUAUGACGAAAAUGAAAACAACUGCUCCUGGACUAAAAGUUUAUUACAUUUGAAUAUGUCUUCAAAUAUACUUACAGACUCUGUUUUCAGAUGUCUACCUCCCAAGGUCAAGGUACUCGAUCUUCACAAUAACAGAAUACAGAGCAUUCCUAAACAAAUCACGAAGCUAGAGUCUUUGCAAGAACUCAAUGUUGCUUUCAAUGCUUUAGGUGACCUUCCUGAGUGCGGCACCUUCAGCAGCCUUUCGGUGCUGAUCAUAGACCAUAACUCCAUUUCCCACCCAUCAGCUGACUUCUUUCAGAGCUGUCACAAGAUUAGGUCAAUAAAAGCGGGGGACAACCCAUUUCAAUGUACAUGUGAGCUACGAGAAUUUGUCAGGCGAAUAGGCCAAGUAUCAAGUGAAGUGGUAGAGGGCUGGCCUGGUUCUUACAAGUGUGAGUACCCAGAAAGCUACAAGGGAACCCCACUAAAGGACUUCCACAUGUCUCCAUUAUCCUGCAACACAGCUCUGCUGAUUGUUACCAUUGGGGCCACCAUGCUGGCGUUGACUGCUAUUGUGACCUUUCUCUGCAUCUAUUUUGAUCUACCCUGGUAUCUCAGGAUGGUGUGCCAGUGGACCCAGACCCGGCACAGGGCUAGGAAUGUCCCCUUAGAGAAACUCCAAGGAACUCUUCAAUAUCAUGCCUUUAUUUCAUACAGUGGGCAUGAUUCUACCUGGGUGAAGAGUGAUUUACUACCAAACCUAGAAAAAGAGGACAUACGGAUUUGCCUCCAUGAGAGAAACUUUGUUCCUGGCAAGAGCAUUGUGGAAAAUAUCAUAAACUGCAUUGAGAAGAGUUACAAGUCCAUCUUCGUGUUGUCUCCCAACUUUGUCCAGAGUGAGUGGUGCCAUUAUGAACUCUACUUUGCUCACCACAAUCUCUUCCAUGAAGGGUCUAACAACUUGAUCCUGAUCUUGCUGGAACCCAUCCCACAGUACUCUAUUCCCAGCAGCUACCAUAAGCUCAAAAGUCUCAUGGCACGGAGGACUUAUUUGGAAUGGCCCAAGGAGAAGAGCAAACAUGGACUUUUUUGGGCAAAUCUAAGAGCAGCCAUUAAUGUUAAAUUGAUGGACCAAAGAGGAGAAGUAAAUCACAUACAGAAUUAAAAAUAAUCCUCUUAUUAAUAUUUCUACUUUUGGAAGUUACGAUAAUGAUUUUUUAAAAAUAAUGAUGUUAUUUUGCAUCAACACAAAUCUAAAAACAAUUUUGGCUUUAUGGUAUAGUUAUUGAUGUGUACUUUCAGGUCCUAGUUCCCUGUAUAUGUGAAUAAAAAUCAAUGGUAUGAUAUCAUUUUUUCUAAGCGGUUAAUUAAAAAUUCAUAAGAGAUUCUUUUGUUUCUUUGCUAUAGCUAAAUUCAUUGAAUUUAUUAUGAAACUAAGAGAAGCACUUGUUUGUCUUUAGUGAUGCAUGUUUCUGUGUACCAGAGUCAGUAUGAGAAAACUCCAUGACAUAUCCCUGCAGCUAGAUGGUUAGAGCAGAUUUCUGUAGCUGUUGAUACCCUUCCCAUUUCUAAUCCACAUUUGCUUCUUGUGUUGAAGGAUGCUCAUUGACAAUGCUGGAGACUCUGUGCCUGAAGGGUGUUUCCUGGCCAUUAUGCCCACACAAGGGCAAUGCAGAUGUGCUAGAGAGAUCUUAGAAGCAGCCCUCAACCAGUGUUGCAAUGUGAAUUGGUAGAUAAAUAACUCCAACUUUCUUCCUCAUGUUUUUUUUUUAAAGAUAAAUCUGGGAUAUGCUUUAUACUCUCCCUCAAUUCCCAAUGUGAAAAAAAUCUGGUUGUCUACAGUAGAAAUGUCUUGAUAAAGUAUAUACUUUAUUGGCUUCUCUCCUAUUUUUUCUCAUUUUCUUAUUCCUCUAUGAGUGUUUCCCAGGAUGAUUUCUAAAAUAAACUACUUGCGAUUGGAUACUUGAUUCAGGGUCUGCUUUUGGGGCGACACAAACAAAGAAUAUGUUCCACCUCAGUCCAUUGGGGAGACUGAAACUGGUUUUCUGUGACUGGUGAUCUUGCUGAAAUUCUAUUUGCAUAAGUUGACAUGCACAAAUGUCUUUCUCUUUUGGUUGGGAGGAAGAACAUAGCUGAGAUGCAGUGAUUCUAUAUCAGUAGCAUCCUUCUCUUUAGAGAGCUGUGAAAUAGAGCAUGAGCCAAUUGGGGCAGUGCAAGUGAUCAGUCAGGCUUUGGCAUCACUGUGACUAAAUACUGAGAAAAGCAACUUAAAAGAGGAAUAAUUUCCUUGGCUUAUGGUUUCAGAGGGUUCAAUCAUCAUGGCAGGGAAAGUGUGGUAAAGUAGAGCAAUUCACAUCAUGGUAGUUAGGAAGUAGAAAAAUGUGAACACAGAAAGGGGCCAGGGCAAGAUAUAGUAUAGCCCCAAGGACGCCCACCCCUUCCUCUGGGCAAAUGUAAC